CUGUCGCAAGCAUUGACUGAGAGUAGUCGUUCGUCACUAACAUGGCUGCGUCCUUGAUUCGAUGUGCCUUUGGUGCGCCAGCUUCUAAUCUUUUGAAGUUUCUUCGACCAUCUGUUGCGGUUGUAACAGAAUGUCGGAGAGGAAGGAAAAACUAUCUUCGAAAAUAUCUUCUUGCUCUUUACAAACGCAGAUUAGAAGUAGGACCUGAAAAGCCUAGACACCGGUCAGAGUGGAUAAACUGGAACUAUGAUGCAGAGUUAUACGCCUUUGGGAAACGCCUUGGAGAAGAAUUCUCUCCGAAUACAUUAAGAACAGCCUUUACCCAUCAUUCCUAUAUCGAAAAGGAAGAAAAAAGGAGAGCAGAUGUUGGAAUAGACACUAAUGCUGCACCCCUGGGUCUAACAGACAACACAGAUCUUAUACAAAAAGGAGAAGCAACAGCAUCAAGAUACCUAAAGGCUUACCUUAGGCACAUCUAUCCUGCUUUGUAUGAAGAAGGCAUUAUGUCAAUUCAUGCCUAUCUGAUGUCAGAGAAAAUGCUCGCCUAUAUUGCAAGUCACAUUGGAAUUUCAGACUUAAUAUUGUGUGCAGAUUUCCCACCUGAAGAGUCUACUCUCAGUAAAACAUUUCUGGCUGUUGUUGGAGCACUAGAAACUGAUCAGGAUUUAGCAAGAGCAGAAGCGUUUGUACACGAUUUGGUGCUAACGCAGCUGAUAGGAGAAGAUUUGACAGAAAUCUGGAAGGUUACUGACCCCAUGGGCUUACUUGCAGCUACUCUUCAUGCACAGGGCCGAGGCCUGCCAGAAGUUAGAUUGCUGUGGCAGGCGGGUAAACGUACAGUCAUGUCUGCUUCAUAUGUUGGGAUAUACAGUGACCGUCACCUUAUUGGGCAGUCUUUUGGGGAGACGCCAACAAUAGCAGAAGAGAUGGCAGCAAGUGAUGCUCUCAGGCGUUUGAUGGGCAUUACUAAUGCUCGCCCUCCACUCCAGUUCCAAUCUGCAGCUAAAAAGUUGCAGCUUGAUUACCAUAAAAUCAAUGUCCACGCAGAAGACAUCAUUCGAGAGUAUGAGGAAAGCCAAACAAAUCAGCCAGUUUUGGCCUAACUAGACUAGUUCAGUUGGGACCAGAAUUAACCCUAAAAUAAGUGUUUUUUAAAGUGUGUUAUCAUUACAAACAUGAUUCUAUUUAACAUGAUUGUGUCACUCAUAAAUAAAGUAGCUAUACCAAG